ACCAUGGGCUGUAUCCAGAGCAUAGCAUGUAAGUCACGAAUCAAACGAGAAAACAUUGUGGUCUCUGAUCUGUCCGCAACCAUAGACCACUGCCCGACAAUCAUCGAGGAGAACUCGCCUAUAGUGCUUCGCUACAAGACGCCCUACUUCAAAGCUUCGGCGCGGAUUGUGAUGCCUCCUAUUCCCCGCAACGAGACAUGGGUGGUGGGCUGGAUUCAGGCGUGCACGCAGAUGGAAUUCUAUAACAGCUAUGGGGACGUUGGCAUGUCGAGCUGGGAGCUGCCCGAGCUGCGAGAGGGCCUCGUGAGAGCCAUCAGUGACUCAGACGGCGUGAGCUACCCCUGGUAUGGAAACACCACAGAGACCGUCACCAUUGUGGGCCCCACCUCCAAGCCGUCACGCUUCACUGUUAGCAUGAAUGACAACUUCUACCCCAGUGUCACCUGGGCUGUCCCGGUUAGCGAGUCCAACACACCUUUACUGACUGGCAUCAAAAGGGACCAGAGCUUCACCACCUGGUUAGUGGCGCUGAACACCACGUCCAGGGAAAAAAUCCUCCUCCACACCAUCAAAUGGAGGAUGAGGGUAGACAUUGCGGUGGAUCCCUCCAUGGCACUGGGUUCCAGGUCCAGAUUAAUAGGUCGAAUUCACCAGGACCAGCCACGGGUAUUGACUCGCAUGGAGCCCAUACCUCCUAACGCCAUGGGGCGUCCCAAUGCCAACGACGCCCAGGUUCUUAUGUGGAGACCCCGGAGAGGCCCCCCACUCAUAGUUAUACCGCCCAAGUAG